AUGCAAAAGGCUUUCGCAAUCAGACUGAUGGCGUUUGCUUCAUUUGGACUUGUUUGCGUGGAAUUUAAGCUUGUCACCGUGAGUUGCAGUUUGUGGGCUCUAUUAGUAUUGCCUGAGAACCUUGGCGCUCCCAGUUCAAUGUCUGCAGGAGGAGAGUCCAACACAGAGAACGACUUCUAUGUGCUUUCUGGCAAAGCGCUCGAGGAAGCUUCGGCGCAGGGCUUUUUGAACGGAGAAGACACCGUGAUAAUUGGGUUCUACCACUACGAGGAAGGUGACCUGGCCACUUUUUUUCCUUCAGCCAAAUCCGAACAUGGUGCGCCGCCACAGCGAUGCCUUCUCCUAGCCGGCCCACAUUCUGAGGGUGCAUCAUUCCGGGUUGCGAUGCUUUUUCGCAAUGCUUCUGCUUGGCCUGAAGUGACAAAAGCUGAAUCUUUCCCUCGCCAUCGUGAGCCUGUUGUCUUUGAAUGCCGUCCGUUUUCUACAGCUGGUGAGGCCGUGGUGUUGAUCCCUGAUACUUCACUAGGACUUGACGCGCCACCACAAGCGCAUGCUGAUUUGACACGGGAGUUGAAUGUGGCUGUGGUGAAGCUGCCUGUCCUGAAGUACGUGUCCUUCCUGCGUGGCAUGAAGCGCAUGGACCGAGGUUAUUCUUCAACAAGCGUCACAGAGGAUUCUGCCAGCGUUCUCAGCAGGAUCGUCCGCUGA